AUGCAGAUUCACAUACCAGAAGGAUCCCAAGAUCAACGCGAAGAUGACCUGGCUGCUAUCCAGCAGAACUGGGGUCUCACGCCUACCGAAACGUACUUAGCGGUCCCAGACGGACUGCGGCCAUACUUUUUGCCCUCGGCCUGGCCACCGCAGCUCGUCGAGGCUCUCCGUCGUCUCUCUGAGCUCACUGUCGACCAGAAAGAGAGAGCGCACACACUCCUCGAAACGUAUUUCCGCGCCAGGAUCAGGACGGGCCUUGACAAAGGCCAGCAGACGAGCAUAUAUGCCGCGCUCGAAGUAGUGGACGUCGAGGAUGCGAUACGCAGUCUCGAAUGCAUGAUCAGGGGCCAGGCUCUCGAGGGUUAUAAUAGACCCAGUUCGACGCCGUCCACUCCCUCUACCACAACGGCGACACUGGAUCUCUUCGGUAGCCCGGUAACGAAGCGAAAAUUCAGUAUCAGAGAUGAGCAAGCAGAGGAGCCGGAAUCCCGUCCUGCGCAGAUUCGCCGCCUGUCCCAGGAUACCAGUUUCGAAGAGGAGCCGACCUCCGCCGCAUCGCAGCCCAGCGUCCACAAUCAUAACGACACGUCAGAGGCCGAGUGGCCCGCUUGGCUCUCCGAUCAUCCGAUCGCAACAGAAGAGGAGCUUCGCAUGCUUGCUCGCGACUCCAUCAAGCCGGAGCCUCUCCACCUUGGAUUAAGUCCCGGCAGCGCACCUCCUCCCUAUUCCCCGCCCACGCAAACGAGCAUCUCAAAGCCCUCCUGGAUCCCGCUCCUCCAGACCUCCAGACCCUCGGCAAGCGCACCGGCCCUGCACUCACCCUCCCGCUUCCCCCCUCGCAGUCCCAUAUCUGCGCUUCUCACGACGCCAAAAUCUCCCGUGCACUCACCAGCACGUCUCCCGCCGGUAUCGGCGCUUAUCCAAGAAACUCAGUGGCCGAGGGAAUGCCCGUCUCACUGGAAUGCGCAUCCCGUAACGUGUCGCGAAGCGGCGCGACUGGACCACCAUGAACUCAAGCUGCAGAAGCUGUUGCUGGAAGAGGCUGAAGCUGCGCUGGAGGUCGCGAAACAGGAGCAUGUGGUUGCGGCGAAGAGGGCGGCGGUGGCGCGCUUGGAGAUAGAGGAGUGUAGUUGGAUCGUAACAAAUUUCAGCGCUAUCCCUACCUCAGAACAGCAUCCAAAAAUAACUGUGGCGCAUGACGUAGAUUCCUAGAAUGUGUUCUUUGUUGCCGCACUGCCAGUGCCCCACGCUGCCUGAUUGCCUGAAUGCUGCCUCUCAGUCGCUCCCUUCCUGACGUUAUUCUCUGCUUCCCUAUCAGCCAGCGCACCUCUUUGUGGAUUCGCUACCUCACAACCCUAUGACCAGAGCGGGUGUGAUGCCCUCCCUGCAGGUUGUGGUGACAUUUCGUGCCGACUUCUUUUACAGUUUUGCAUUAGUGGUAAGCG